CGUCCGGGAGGCGGAGCCGAAUCUCCACGGUCGCUGUCUCCGGGGCGCACUGGCCAGGCGGAGAGAAGAAGGGGCGCUUGGGUCGCGUGUCGGGACUCGGAACUCCGCGGGCCCCGAGGCAGCCGCUUGGGCCCCAGCCCCCCAAGCCUGCUUGACAGGCGGGCGGAGCAGCCAGUGCGAGUCGGGAGGCCGGGCGGCUGGUGCGGGAACCUGAUCCGCCCGGGAGGCGGGGGCCCGGGCGGUCGGCGGGUGGGUGGGGGCAGCGCGCACGGGGAGGGGCUGGCGCCCGCCUUCCUCCCCCAUUCAUUCAACCGAUCCUGGGGGCCGAGGGGCUCCGGCGGCGAGCUCUGCACUGCAGGAGCGCGGGCGCGGCGCCCCAGCCAGCGCGCAGGGCCAGGGCCCGGCCGGGGGCGCUUCCUCCCCGCCGCCCUCCGAGCGACUCCCUGCCCGCCCGCCACCAUGUCAGACCCCGCGGUCAACGCGCAGCUGGACGGGAUCAUUUCGGACUUCGAAGCCUUGAAGAGAUCUUUCGAGGUUGAGGAGGUCGAGCCACCCAACUCCACCCCAACUCGGAGGGUCCAGACUCCAUUGCUCCGUACCACCGUGGCCAGCUCCACCCAGAAAUUCCAGGAGCUGGGUGUGAAGAACUCAGAGCCCACAGUCCGCCAUGUAGACUCCCUAAGCCAGCGCUCCCCCAAACCCUCUCUGCGGAGGGUCGAGCUUGCGGGGCCCAAGGCGGCCGAACCUGUGUCACGGCGCACAGAGCUCUCCAUUGACAUCUCCUCUAAGCAGGUGGAGACCUCAGGUGUCACUGGCCCAGCACGGUUUGGGCUCAAGAGGGCUGAAGGGUUGGGCCACAAGACGCCAGAGCCAGCCCCUCGGAGGACGGAGAUCACCCUCGUCAAGCCUCAGGAGACAGCCCACCGCAGGAUGGAGACCCCCACCUCCAAGGUUCCUGAGGUGCCUGUUGCCCCUACCAUUGAUGCAUCCCCAAAGAGGGUUGAGAUCCAGAUGCCUAAACCAGCUGAGGCACCUGCUGUUCCCCUCCCAUCCCAGACCCUGGAAAAUUCUGAGCCUGCCUCAGUGUCCCAGCUGCACAGCAGGCUAGAAGCCAAGCCAACUGUGGCUGAAACCCUGCCCCGGAACCAGGAGGCCACCGAGGCAGCUCCUGGCUGUGUUGGUGACAUGGCUGACACUCCCAGAGACGCCAUGCUCAAGCCGGCGCCGGCUUCUCGGAAUGAGAAGCCCCCUGCAGACUUCGGCUAUGUGGGGAUCGACUCCAUCCUGGAGCAGAUGCGCAGGAAGGCCAUGAAGCAGGGCUUUGAGUUCAACAUCAUGGUGGUUGGGCAGAGUGGCUUGGGGAAGUCCACUUUAAUCAACACCCUCUUCAAGUCCAAAAUCAGCCGGAAGUCAGUGCAGCCCACCUCAGAAGAGCGAAUCCCCAAGACCAUCGAGAUCAAGUCCAUCACCCAUGAUAUCGAGGAAAAAGGUGUCCGGAUGAAGCUGACAGUGAUUGACACACCAGGGUUUGGGGACCACAUCAACAACGAGAACUGCUGGCAGCCCAUCAUGAAGUUCAUCAAUGACCAGUAUGAGAAGUACCUGCAGGAGGAGGUGAACAUCAACCGCAAGAAGCGCAUCCCUGACACACGCGUCCACUGCUGCCUCUACUUCAUCCCCGCCACCGGCCACUCCCUUAGGCCCCUGGACAUCGAGUUCAUGAAGCGCCUGAGCAAAGUGGUCAACAUUGUCCCUGUCAUUGCCAAGGCUGACACACUGACACUGGAGGAGAGGGUCUACUUCAAACAGCGGAUCACUGCGGAUCUGCUGUCCAACGGCAUCGACGUGUACCCCCAGAAGGAGUUUGAUGAGGACGCAGAGGACCGGCAGGUGAACGAGAAGUUCCGGGAGAUGAUCCCCUUUGCUGUGGUGGGCAGCGACCACGAGUACCAGGUCAACGGCAAACGAAUCCUUGGCAGAAAGACCAAGUGGGGCACCAUCGAAGUCGAGAACACCACACACUGUGAGUUUGCCUACCUGCGGGACCUCCUGAUCAGGACUCACAUGCAGAACAUCAAGGACAUCACCAGCAGCAUCCACUUUGAGGCAUACCGCGUGAAGCGACUCAACGAGGGCAACAGCGCCAUGGCCAACGGGGUGGAGGAGAAAGAGCCUGAUGCCCAGGAGAUGUAGACCCUGCCCCGCCCUGGACCCAAGCCUGUCUUCCCGUCCCCCAGGCCCGCCCGCCCCAUCUUAUUUUAUAUCGUUUUCUCCAUCGUCGUCGUCGUCUCCAUCCCUUUUCUGUGCUGCCAGGUGACAAGAGAAGGCGGAGCCUCCUGCGUGUUAAUCAGUAGCUCCUGGCUGCCCCUGAGGACUGGAAAGGCUGGGUGCACCCAGCAAGAGGACCUGGGACCCUGGAGUCUGACCCGCCCCCAGCCAGGCUCCCCCCACAGGGCCCUGCAGAGCUGCCCUGUCUACCACGCUCGGUGGAGUUCCUAGCUCUGGGGCCUCAUCAGGGACCAGGUCCCCUGGGUUCACCUCACCCCUCUGUCCCCUUGGCCACAGCUCCUGGAGUGGGAGGAUGGAGCCCCUCCUGCUCCCCACCCCCUGGUGUGGAGCCCCCCACUCCCACCCCGCUCCCCUGGGACAGAGAGAAUUCCACAGCCCACGUUGCCAAUCGCUUAGACACGGCGAGGCCCACUCUGGAGCAGAAAGUGCCUUCAUUCAGCCGUCCACAUGAGCCAGAGGACUCUCCUAGUUGUCCCCUUGGGCCAGAAAUGGGGACAAAAUGGAGAGGGGGAGGUGUGACCUACCCCUCUAACCCUCCUCUUACCCUCACACCCAUGUUGGAGGGGCUUUGGGUGCUUCUGGUGCCACAAAAUCUGAUGAGGACAGAAGAGCACCCCACCCCAACCCACCCCACUCCACCCCACCCAACCCCGAGUCUGGGAAAGGUCCGAGCAGGUGAAGCCAGGGAGGAAGUUUUGGAAGGUGCUGGAGGAAAUCGCCCCGCUCCGCCUGCCCUGAUGUCUUGGAGAUCUGUCUGUCUGUCUGUCUGGACUUUGGUUGGCCGCAGUGCUCUGGUUCUCUCAUGGCCCAGCCACCCCAGCUCCCAGACUCCGUGCUCCUGGCUUGGGGCUGGCAGGAGGCCAGGGGAAUCCAUUGUCCUCUUGAGUGCUAGGGCCCCUGCACCCCAGAACCUCUUGUGCAGACCCCUAGUGAGGAAGAGAUGAGCGAGUUGGAGGUGCACAGAACACCUGCCUUCUGGCAGAAGAGCAAAGCCUCACCCUGUGUCCCCAGGAGGAGACUGAGGGACUGACCCCCACACCGUGCAUACCUGCCUCCCAGUCCUGGGCGGUGGGAGCGGGUAGUGGGGUUGCACACAGGGGUUACCACCUUGAGGUAUUAUCUGGCUGCAGACCCCAAGGAGCAUCAUGCAGCUGAGGCAGGCAGCGGGCGGGACAGGCUGUGGACAGGCGUGGGUGUGCAGCAGUGGUGAAUGUGUGUGUGAGCGGGUGACUGCAUUGCCGUCUUCCUCCCCGAGGGGUGUAGACCCUUACCGAAGCCCUCCGCCUGACCGAAGUUUACUUGCCAACUGCCCACUUGCCGAGUUUUUGCCAAAACCAAGACUCUGAAGGAAGGAGGUGUCUGGUGGCAGGGCCCGGGACGCGGGGGUGCCCUCCUCUGGCCCUGGUGGCCCUGGUGGCACUGGGCAGUAUGUGUGUGUGGUUACAGCAGCGUCCCCAGGGAUGGCUUCGCUUUCCUUCUCUGUAACCAGAUUUUGAAAACGUUUCACUGGGCUCUGUUCCACAAUGGCCUUUUGCUCUGUGCCUCCUGAGAAAUUCGUCUCUUUUUGUAUAAAUAACAAAGUGUUGAAAUGUAUUUCCUGAAAUAAAUGUUUCAAAUGCAAA